UGUAUAGAUGCGUAACGGUGAGCUCAAAGUCUAGGUAUGUGACGCGCGGCGCUUGAGUCGGAUGCUCGGCAACCGUAAUCACGUAACCUCUUUGAUGGUGAAAAUUCAUAUGUGGAGGCUGUGUCCCACCCAGCUUACAGGCGCGCGGUUUGUUCUGAUUGCGCAUGCCAUGAUGGCUGGACGACUUCAAUGCGGAACACAUCAGCUUCGCUGCCAAGGUCAUGUCAGUUUCUUUCAAAUACUCCCCUUACAGCCCUUCCGCUGUGUUUAAGCAGUGGCAGGCAUACAAUUGAUUCAAUUGCGCAUCUUGCGCACACGGCGGCAACAGCUCGGGCCCGACGAGACCUCGUCUCCAUUAUGUAAAUCACAAGCCAAGUGGCUUGACGACUUCGAUGCGCCACACAUCAGCUUCCCUGCCAAGGACAUGUCAGUUUCUUUCAAGUACUCCCUUCCGCCUCGUCUGCUCCUGCAGUUGACAUUCGUCCGCUUGGAAGAUGAACAAAUACGCCGCCAUUCGCCAUGCCUUGGUGUUCCUAUCUAUCCUUUUCAAUAUUGCCACCAUCGGACUUGUCGUGCUUGUUCACCAGUGUGACGUCUUUCUUCCCCCUGUGGGAACCUCUUUACAGAAAUUUUUGCCCACGUUCGCGUCCCUCGUGGGCCAAAUCGUCGUUUGCACCAAUGCCAUCGCUAUCUCAUCGCUAGUGACGGCAUUCACCAAGAAGAAGAUAUCUGACCAGGGGGUCACCUUUGAAGAAAUGAACCAUCUCCAUUCUGUUGCCAACGGGAAACUCCCACAUUCUCUCACUCCGAUUGCCUUCGUCGCCAUCGUCAUCAUGUUGGCACAAGGUUUCUUUACCACCGCAAUAGUCAACAGUGUCUCUCCCGAUAUCAUGAACUGGGGAACGACGCAUAGCAUGCCAAUUAUUGACCUUGCUAUGGAUACGAACCAAGUGAACGUCACGUUAGUCUGUUCGAAUGGCAAUGGAGACAUCAAUCUAUACGGUUACGGUACAAAUUGUCCUCUCAACAACGCCUACGGGGUCAUCUACAACGUCAGUCCACAUCCUUGCGUUUCAUUUACGACUCAAAAUUUCACCCACACCCAGGCCUACAUUGACUCGUUGGGUGACAAGUUUCCCAUCAGCAGCACCAGGGACGGAGUCUCAUACCCUUCCACCCUUCUCGGCAUUUCUGGCUCGAUUUCCACGCUAUCCACUCGGUACGCUCGGGAUGUAAGCGGGAAUCCGAAGCGCUCGGUUCUCCCCACCGAUACGUUCGACUUCUGUGUGCCAAAAGUCAAUGUGACCGCAACGUGCAAUCCCAAUCUCGACAAUGGUCAAACUGCGGAAGUUAAGUUGUUCGAGGUUCCUGACAAGUUGGGAUGCAACUCAAUUGCCACCUUCCGCAUUCGUAACAGCGAUGGAAGUUAUGUUGAGCACGGAUAUAAAUUUGGCCCGGUUUACGCCAAUGGUGCAAUCUCCAUUUUCCAGGAUGACGACUAUGAGAACGGAGAAACGGUCAUCACGAUCUUGAGCACUGGGAAAUAUGCCGAGAACCUUAGCUCCCCCAUAAUUCAAUGUCGUAUUUGUGCCCAUCAAUAUCUCCUCCCCAUUCGCAUCGUAGGAAAUAACUAUGUCCAGACGCUUCCUUCGCUUCAAUGCCUCCCUCGCCCCGAACCAUCGCCUUCCUCCUUACUUCAAGUGGUUCGCAUUGCGCCCAUGGCACUGGUCAAAUCACAAGGUCAAGACGGAAGACUCGAUGCUAUAUCGCUCAUUUCGCCACAGACAAGAUCGACUGCUGGAGGGACGAUAAGGGCCCUCGAACUUGCGCUUGAGCGAAUGGCCAGUGUCGGAGCAACGGAAAUGUAUGGGCUCUUGGACGGUAUCUCCAAUAUCACAUGGCCAGACACAGCGAAUUACACGUUCGCAACGCGGAGAUACAAACUCGGGGUAUCAGGGAAAUACAGUCCUAUGUUUCUACUGAGUCCGGGGAUCCUAUUAUUUGCUUUGCUUUGGGGGUGGGCGUGGGUGGGCUUCGCGAAGGGCGUGGAUGGAGGUUUCAAUCCCUUACAUCCUAGCUGUACAGCAGCAGCAGGAAUGAAAAGAGAGAUCCUGGUGGCUGAAGUCGUGGGCACGAAGGAUGCGGAUGAAGAUGAGCUCGAUGAGCUAGACGUGAUUGUUAAAUAUGGUUAUGUGGACGGGACGAGGUUAGGCCUCGAGGCGUCAGGUGGGCAACCUACAUAUUCGAGGGUGUACAAGGACUUUCCACCCGGGUCACCCAUACCGACACCGAGCUUCAAUAACCCUGAACAAUCACUCUAUUCGGCCCCAGCCUUCCCUCACCCGCACUAACGUGCAUACCUUGCAUUAAUUUUACGAAUGUACGACUAACACUUUGCAUAUGCUUUUGGUGUUGGAGCGGUUACGCUUCGUCCCAAUCUCUUUCGAUCAGCUUCUAUGUAAAAUCAUUCCUUACUAGGGGUGCCACGGUUCGGUUCGGUUCGGUUCUGGGGCCAUUUUUUGAGAACCAGAACCAGAACCGGUUCCACAUUUUGGUGAUAAUGUCGAACCAGAACCGAACCAGUAUCUGAACCGAACCGAACCCCAUUUCGGUUCUGUUAUGGUUCGGUUCGGUUUUGAACGGUUCGAACACGCAUUCACUGCCGACAAAGUUAUCUAUUGCAAUUAUGCAUGUAUAAGUACUCAAAAUAUGCAAUUUUACUUCAUCAUUAAGAGUC